AUGGUGGAGAUGGCAAAGAUGAAGUCUUCUGCAAAAGAUUUCUUUCUCGCAAUAUUUUUGCUCAGUGUACCAUUGCAUGCAGCUGCGGAAAAGCCAAAGGGAUCAUCGCCAUUUGCGUCAAACAUAUGCGCCAUUGACUCGAAAUCCACCGUGUCCGACACCUGCGCAUCCUACGCUACAAUCGACUCACUCAACGAUGAUAUCCACCCUCUGCUCAAAUCCGUGACGCGCGACAACGACUUUUUCUCAUACUAUCGACUCAACUUGUACAAUAAAGUGUGUCCUUUCUGGGAGGACGAAAGCAGCUUAUGCGGAAAUAUUGCAUGUGCGGUAAACACGAUUGAUUCGGAGGAGGACUUGCCACCGGUAUGGCGGAUUGAGGAACUCGGUAAACUCGAAGGACCGCAUGCACAACACCCCGGGAAACAACAACAGAAAGAACGCCCCAGCGCGAGACCGUUACAAGGGGGACUUGGCGAUGACGUUGGAGAGAGUUGCGUGCUUGAAUACGAUGACGAAUGUGACGAGCGGGAUUACUGUGUGCCCGAAGACGAGGGGGCGUUGGCGAAAGGUGACUAUGUCAGUUUGGUAGACAAUCCGGAGCGAUUCACCGGUUACGCGGGUGAGGGUGCACACCAAGUAUGGGAUGCAAUCUAUCGUGAGAAUUGUUUUGUUAAACCCUCUUCUUCCGCCUCUUCGCAACUAGCUCCCCUGCAUGGCAUGCAAGUGCAGGCUGCCAAUGACUUCCGCAAUGUUCUUCAAAAGGAACAGCCACAGCCACAGCCGGAUGACGAGUGUCUGGAGAAGCGAGUCUUCUAUCGCGUCAUUAGCGGAAUGCACGCUUCGAUCUCGACUCAUCUCUGUUGGGAAUACCUCAACCAGACUACAGAUGAAUGGGGCCCGAACGUGCAAUGCUACAAGGAUCGAUUGCACAACCAUCCCGAACGUAUAUCCAAUCUAUACUUCAACUACGCUCUAGUAUCACGCGCUGUUGCGAAGUUGCACAAUUACUUGCAGAAAUACAAGUUUUGUUCCUUCGACCCUGAGCAAGACUUGGCCACCAAGCAGCAGGUGUUGACACUUACGGAGAAACUGCACAGCCGCGCACAGAUUUUUGACGAAGCUGUCAUGUUUCAAGAUGAACAUGCCAUGGAUCUGAAAGAAGACUUCCGCAACCGUUUCCGUAAUGUCAGUCGUCUGAUGGACUGCGUGGGAUGCGACAAGUGCCGCUUAUGGGGCAAACUCCAGGUCAACGGAUAUGGAACAGCGCUCAAGGUACUCUUCGACUACGACGAGACUAAAGAAAAUGACAAUCCACCAUUGCGUCGCACCGAAUUGGUCGCGCUCAUCAACACAUAUGCUCGUAUUUCCAACAGUAUCGCUGCUGUGCACAGUUUCCGACAAGCCGUCGAAUCCGGCCACGAGGACCGUCUUGUGAUUUACCCGGAAGUCUCGUCAUCGCCAUCUCCCGCCAAAGUUCGUGAUUCCGAUAAAGUGGUGCGAUACUACAAGGACGGUAUUUCGAAUUUGUAUGUCGCAGAAGACGAUGACGAUUAUGGGUAUGAACAAGAGGAGAUUCUUCCCUGGGAGCGUCCCCGAGAAGCCGAAUCGGUCUCGGAGGCUUUGAUCCAAGAGUGGACGAUGUUCAGGGAUACGUUUGUGUGGGUUCUCAGGAGUUGGUUGACGAUUCCCCGUAUGGCAUGGCAACUUGUCGUCUUUGAAUCCAAUCGACUAUGGAAUUACUGGCUGGGAUUGCCAGUCCCACCGCGACAGUGGAAGGUCCAGAUUCCCCGGCCGCCGUCGCGCGACGAGCUGUAA